UCUGUUCCUCGCAUUAAAUUGGAUCAAUGUAGUCGUCACUGCCUUGUUGGGAGUCAUUAUGAUCAUCCGGUUGAAUGCUAUGUAUCAUCAAUCCGGAAAGAUGCUUAUCUUUCUUGUUGCAAUCUUCCUGGGUAUCACGAUCGCUUGCGUGGGGAUUACUGCAACAGGAACUAUCCAUACUUUAGGAGAGGAGCUCAUUCUCUCCGGCACAUACCAGUGCAAUUACGACUACGAGGGAGAUGCCCAACUUCUCAAUUCCAUGACUUGGAUACUCUGCACUGUAUGGGAAGUCCUCGCACUCUGUCUUGCAGUCUGGAGUGCUGUCAAACACUUUCGUGAACUGCGACAAUCAUACAGGGGAAAGACCAUCAACGACUGUUUCACGGUGGUGAUAAGAACUCACGUGGUUUACUUUGCAAGCUUUGCAGUUGGUUCUUGUUUCGCCCUCGGUUUCUUGUCUCCAACGCUUAUGGACUCAGAUUCCGUGGGAACCCUUAUUUAUCAUGGUGUUCUUGACGUUUUGUCGGUCGUGCAGAUGUUUGUGCUGGGACCACGCCUCAUCCUUGGCAUUCGAGAAUAUGACGCCAAGCUUGUGGCUGACUCCGAUACAGGAACCCGCAUAACUCCGAUUGUUUUCCAGGAGCACGUAUACUAUGUGUCAACUGGUAGUGACGUGUAGCGCGGAAAAUGUUCUGAGUCAUUAACACUUGGCGGGCACUCUGCAGGGAGCAGGAGAAUCUCGUCCGGGUUUUCGUCGCGGUACUGGUUUAAUGUUGCAAAGUGGAUAAGACAUUGGCCUAGACAAACCAAUAUCAUGUUGUAUCAUCACUACUGGAACUGGCUGGCAACCUACACUUGCACCAAAUAGCCGGUUGCAAGACGUAGUGGAUGCCUUCAUCGGGCGGAUGAAACUAUGCACUACGUCUCGCAACCGAC